AUGCCACAUUUAAUCUUAAAUUUAGUCUGAGUUUAAUAUGAAGAAACUUUUCAUGCUCUGUCAGAAUAAAUGCAGCCCAAAAAUGCACAAGCAGAGGCACAGAACGGAUUAAAACUCAGCAUAUAAAUAUCAAUGAAAGGACGCUGCUCAGAUUUUCUUUCGACGGGCUCGUUUUCCAGGCAGAACCCGCCUUUAAAACAGAAUAAAUCCUAAUAUGUUCCUGACGUAAGCCGUCGAGAGUGCUUGUAACCCAGAUCAUGCCCCUGACCACCUGUGUAACAUUUCUUAGUCAGGCCUCAGCUCUAUUUAUAACACCAUCACAUAACACUCACAAUACAACACACACACACACAUUUGCUCUUUAAACUCAUAAGCCGGCGUGCCUGUCUUCUUCUCAGCUCACGAGAUCUGCAGCUUCAGGUGCAGAGACCGGCAGACGGGACGUUUUUAAGGAUGAGUCACCGUCCUCGAGGCUCCAGGGCCCGGCACCACCUCCACUGCGACUCCUGCUACAGCCGGCGCUGCAGGGCUCGGGUGGAGGCCUCGGUGAGCUGCACUCUCGUCCCCUGCCGUCUCCUCUGCGGAGCCGUCUUCCACCUGUGCAAGGAGGAGGAUCACCUGCUGCUCUGCCCCAACGUGAGGGUGCCCUGCCUCAACGCCGGGUACGGCUGCCCCGUCCAGCUGCCCCGCUCCUCGCGGGCGGCCCACCUCCAGGUGUGUCCGGCCAGCGUGGUGUGCUGCUCCGUGGAGUGGAACCGCUGGCCUGCGAACGACGCCUGCUCUCAACCCAACGCGGAGCUGUUUGAGAACCUGCUUAGAGGGCGAGGGAGGGAGGGAUGUCUGGACCUGGCCAUGGCUCUGAAAGACCAGGAGGCUCUGUUUCACUCCAUAAAGAUGACGAAGCUGUUCCCAGAGCUGACGCGGAGCGUGGAGGAGGAGGAGAGGGAAGAACGGAGGCAGGAGGAGGAGAGGAGGAGGGAGAAGGCGAGGAAGAAAAAGGCCCUUCUGGAGAAGGAGGCAGCGGAGAGGGCGGCUGAUAAAGAAGCGAGAAACAAACUCUGGGAGGCAGUUAACAGCAUCAGCGUGAAUUUCCCUGACGAGAAAGAGUAUGACGAGUACGAAGACGAGGAGGAAAGUCAGCCGGUGCUGUCUCAGGAGGAGAGGGAGGCCAUAGCCAGGGGAUCAGGAGUGGAUGCUGAUCUGUUAGUGAACUACAAUGCCUGGGAGCGCAUGUUCAGUAUGGAGAUGGGAGCCUGCAGGGAAGCCGAGGAGACGGCGGCGGCGAGCAGGGGUCGGGGAAGGGGGAGAGGGAGGAGCCUGGGUGCACUGAGGGAGGAGGGGGAAACGGGUAGCUGUGCAGGUGCAGCAGCGUCCUCCUCCUCCUCCUCUUCCUCCUCCUGUCUUACUGGAAAACCUGGAAAGAACUUUGAGUACAAGAGCCUAGAGCCGAUGAAAAUCAUCACCGUGCGUACGUUUAAAAUCCCAACCAGCUUCACAGCCAGGCAGGGCCGCAUCCGCAACCCCGCCUUCUACAAGAGAGAGAGCGAAGCCGUGGACACCAGCGACCUGGGCGUGGCACCAGGGGACAUGCCCGUGUGGGAGGAGGUUCAGGCCUCCCUGCUGUGCUCCUUGGAGAGGGAGCGGAGGGGCCACCUCAUCGCUGAGAGCGUGUACUCCGACAGUCUGCUGACGGAUGAAGGCACGCAGACCUACAGCUUCCUGUCCGCGCCUUUCCGCCGGAACGCGUCGCUGGCUGACCUGACGGCCGGCAAACCGCUGGAGCUGCACCUGCAGCUGCAGGUGGAGAGCGUCACCAGCCGGCACAACAAGGCCAGCUCCGCCUUCACCUUCCUCUGCGGACACACCUUCCAGCGCACCGAAUACGGCAAACAUUACAAGAACAUCCACAGCGACAUCCAGAUGGGUGUGAACGGCUGGUUUGAACAGCGGUGCCCCCUAGCGUACCUGGGGUGUACCUACAGCCAGAGGAGGUUUCGGCCCUCCACCCAUGAAGCAGCCGUCAGUUUCAACGAGGAGCUGGGCUGCUUUAGCCUGCAUCCCACCGUCCCGUCCUCUCAGACUGGGAGAGGAGGUCAGGCCCAAGGAGGGGAGGACUCUCUCAGCUCGCUGCCCUACGAGGUCUUGUGCCACGUGGCCAGUUUUCUGGACAGCCUGUCCCUGUCCCAGCUGGCCCUGGUAUCGAGGCUCAUGAGGCAGGUCUGCUCGUCUCUGCUGCAGGAGAGAGGGAUGGUCACUCUCCGCUGGGAGAGGACCAGCUUCUCACAAGGCCGAGCCAGGUGGAGGCCAACGCACAGGGUUUGGCAGUUUAGCUCCCUGUUCUCUCCUGUGGACUCCUGGGGCUUCAGAAACAUCCCGCCCAUCUCCGAACACCUCAAAGCGUGUCCCUACAACGAGGUCGAGUGCAAGACUGAGAAAAUUCGCUUGCCCUGUGUCCGAGAAGAGAUUCAAUCCAGCAAGAACUGCAAAGGUCCCACGCUGGUGACACUGUUCAAGGGGAAGAGGAUCCUGAUGUAAGACAUCAGAAAUCUGUGGACAAUAGAUUCAUGUUUAUCCCCUUCUCUUUCUUUUCAUAUACAUUGAUUAAAAGUAGAAUUUAAUCUGA